GCUUGUGUGGUACCCUACAGCCGAAACACUGAGGAGAUGCCCCGCUCCUUUUUGGUAAAGAGCAAGAAGACCCACACAUACCAGCAGUACCGCUAUGUGGAGGACAGAGGGAUGGAUAUUUCAGACCCCCUCCUAGCCCUGUAUAAAGUUCAGUCAGCUGGAUCUGCAGAUGAAGUCCCUCCACUCUGUACAGCACUCAAAGAAAAAAAUCUGGAGAGCUUGAUCAAGGAAGAGGAAUGGAAAGACACAGAUGAUGACAAAGAGAAGUCUUCAUAUCUGAAUAGAAGUGUUUCCUCACCAAACAUUCAAGGAAUAGCUCUGUCUCCAUUGCCUCUCAACGCCUACAAUUCACCACCUAUUUCAGCCUUCUACAAACAGAACUUUUCAUGGGAAAGCCUACACUCUGCUUACAGCUUCAAGCGCAUGCCAUCCUAUGUAGAUUCUUCAAUUAUGCAACGCUCCAUAAACUUGUAUUGUAGCCCCUCAAGACCCGACUCUGAGUCAGAGCAUCCAAUAAAUUAUAGCAUGGGCUACUCUCCAAACAUGGACACUUACCACUGUGUAAAGUGCAGCAAGGUCUUUUCCACGUCUCAUGGUCUAGAGGUACACGUUCGAAGGUCGCACAGUGGGACUCGGCCUUUUGUUUGUGACAUUUGUGGGAAAUCGUUUGGACAUGCAGUCAGCUUAGAGCAGCACCUCAAUGUUCACUCACAGGAGAGGAGCUUUGAAUGUAAGAUGUGCGGAAAGACCUUCAAGCGUUCCUCCACUUUAUCUACGCACCUCCUCAUCCAUUCUGAUACCCGCCCCUACCCCUGUCAGUUCUGUGGCAAGCGCUUCCAUCAGAAGUCUGACAUGAAGAAGCACACGUACAUCCAUACGGGAGAGAAACCCCACAAAUGUCAAGUGUGUGGAAAGGCAUUCAGCCAGAGCUCCAACCUUAUAACUCACAGCCGGAAACACACAGGAUUCAAACCAUUCACCUGUGACCUGUGUGGGAGAGGCUUUCAGCGCAAAGUAGAUCUACGCCGCCACAAAGAGAACCAGCACGGACUAAAAUAACUUGACUAAUGUUAUGUGAUGUAGCUCUAUAAGACGUAUGUCUGUAUCAGAGGCUCACUAUAUCUGUUGCUACAUAGCUGGUCUACGUAGCGGGAGUCUCACAUGGAAUCAAACAAGCUGUCUCUGUAUUUAUGGGGAUGCCACUGUCACACACCCUCUGGCACGGCAGCUAGUUUAUAACAGUCUGAGCUAUCUGAGCAGAAGAAGGCGCGAUCUAGUGUUAUUUAUGUCUGUACUAAGGAGGGGUAUUGGGGAGCACUAGGUGAAUAGUGUGGUCACAUCAAUACUCCCACUCCUCGUAGACAUGCUAGGCUACCUCUGAAAGCCUUGUACACCAGAAAAUCUUAUAUAAUACCUGAGUCUGAAAAGCAAUGGUGACAGACUCUCUGAACCUUGUCAAGACUGGUGGAAAGUCUGGUGCAAAUGAAAGGUAACAUGUCUCACAAAGGAGAGUGUCAGAUUUGUGAGGUCUCACUGAUGUUGCUUAAAUAUCUAGACCAGAAGCCAGUAGUGAGAUGAGGCAGAGGAUGGUGAGAUUAAUAUGUAUUUCAUUGUUAUUAAAUGUGCCAAAAUGUAUUAGUGACUAGCAAUGAAUACAAGAUAACUGUGAAAAAUCC